UCCAGCCGCUGCCUCCUCAGCGGCUUCACAGCGACGGUAGCUUUCUCGGCGGCUGAAUCGGUGGCGGCGGCAGCGGUGGCGGCGGUGGCGGCUGCGAGCUGAGCAGCGAGUUUCCGAUUUAAAGCUAAGCUGCGAGGAAAAUGGCGGCGGGCGGAUCAAAAUACUUGCUGAACAGUGGAGUCAGAGACCAAUAAAAAUAAACUACUUGAACAUCAUUUGACUGGUUAGCCAGUUGCUGAUGUAUAUUCACGAUGAGCGGAUUAGGAGAAAACUCCUUGGAUCCACUGCUCCCAGAUUCACGAAAACGCAAAUUGCCGUGUGAUACGCCGGGACAAGGUCUUACCUGCAGUGGAGAAAAGUGGAGACGGGAGCAGGAGAGUAAAUAUAUUGAAGAAUUGGCUGAACUGAUAUCUGCUAACCUUAGUGAUAUUGACAAUUUCAAUGUCAAACCAGAUAAAUGUGCAAUUUUAAAGGAAACAGUAAGACAGAUUCGUCAAAUAAAAGAGCAAGGAAAAGCUAUUUCCAGUGAUGAUGAUGUUCAGAAAGCUGAUGUGUCUUCUACAGGACAGGGCGUUAUUGACAAAGACUCCUUAGGACCACUUUUACUUCAGGCAUUGGAUGGUUUCCUGUUUGUGGUGAAUCGUGAUGGAAACAUUGUAUUUGUGUCCGAAAAUGUCACACAAUACCUGCAAUAUAAGCAAGAGGACCUGGUUAACACAAGUGUCUACAAUAUCUUGCAUGAAGAAGACAGAAAGGAUUUUCUUAAAAACUUACCAAAAUCUACAGUUAAUGGAGUUGCCUGGACAAAUGAGACCCAGAGACAAAAAAGCCAUACAUUUAAUUGCCGUAUGUUGAUGAAAACGCCACAUGAUAUUCUGGAAGACAUAAACACCAGUCCUGAAAUGCGCCAGAGAUACGAAACCAUGCAGUGCUUUGCCCUGUCUCAGCCACGAGCUAUGAUGGAGGAAGGGGAAGAUUUGCAAUCCUGUAUGAUCUGUGUGGCACGCCGCAUGACUACAGGGGAAAGAGCGUUUCCAUCAAACCCGGAGAGCUUUAUUACUAGACAUGACCUUUCAGGAAAACUUGUCAAUAUCGAUACAAAUUCACUGAGAUCCUCUAUGAGGCCCGGCUUUGAAGAUACAAUCCGAAGGUGUAUCCAGAGAUUUUUCAGCCUCAAUGAUGGGCAGUCAUGGACUCAGAAACGUCACUAUCAAGAAGCUUACAUCCAUGGCCAUUCAGAAACUCCAGUGUAUCGAUUCUCUUUGGCUGAUGGAACUAUAGUGACUGCACAAACAAAAAGCAAACUCUUCCGAAAUCCUGUAACAAAUGACCGUCAUGGCUUUGUCUCAACCCACUUUCUUCAGAGGGAACAGAAUGGGUAUAGACCAAACCCGAAUCCUGUUGCACAAGGCAUUCGACCUCCGGCGGCUGGAUGUAAUAGUGCAGCAGGCGGCAUGAACAUGUCGCCAAACCAAGGCUUACCGAUGCUGAGCAGCAGGACCUAUGGCUUGGCUGACCCCAACACCACAGGGCCGAUGAGUGCAGCUAGGUAUGGGGCUGCCGGUAACAUGGCUCCUGUGAACCCCGGGCCCGCCAUGCAGUCUCCAUCUUCCUACCAGAACAACUACGGUCUCAACAUGAGUAGCCCCCCACAUGGCAGUCCUGGUCUUGGCUCCAGCCAGCAGAAUAUCAUGAUUUCUCCUCGAAAUCGCGGCAGUCCAAAGAUGGCCUCACAUCAGUUUUCUCCUGUUGCAGGUGUGCACUCUCCCAUGGGACCGUCUGGUAAUACUGGGAGCCACAGCUUUUCUAGCAGCUCUCUUAGUGCCCUUCAAGCUAUCAGUGAGGGCGUGGGGACAUCUCUUUUAUCUACUUUGUCUUCACCAGGCCCCAAAUUGGAUAACUCUCCCAAUAUAAAUAUAACCCAACCAAAUAAAAUGAACAGUCAGGAUUCCAAGAGUCCCUUAGGCUUGUACUGUGACCAGAAUCCAGUGGAGAGUUCAAUGUGUCAGUCAAGCAGCAGGGAUCACCUCAAUGACAAAGACAGUAAGGAGAGCAGUGUCGAAGGGUCGGAGAAUCAGAGGGGUCCUCUGGAAAGCAAAGGUCAUAAAAAAUUACUGCAGUUGCUUACCUGUUCUUCUGAUGACCGGGGUCAUUCGUCGUUGACAAACUCCCCCCUGGAUUCAAGUUGUAAAGACUCUUCCAUCAGUGUCACCAGCCCCUCCGGGGUGUCCUCGUCAACAUCUGGAGGUGUGUCCUCCACGUCCAAUAUGCAUGGGUCGCUGCUGCAAGAGAAGCACCGGAUUUUGCACAAGUUGCUGCAGAAUGGGAACUCACCCGCCGAGGUGGCCAAGAUCACCGCAGAAGCGACCGGGAAAGACACCAGCAGUGCCACGUCUUGUGUGGAAGGGAGUGUCAAGCAGGAGCAGCUGAGUCCAAAGAAGAAGGAGAACAAUGCACUGCUUAGAUACCUGCUGGACAGGGAUGAUCCUAGUGACACACUCGCUAAAGAACUGCAGCCUAAGGUGGAGGGAGUGGACCCUAAAAUGAGUCAGUGCAGCAGCUCCGCCAUUCCCAGCUCGAGUCAUGAGAAAGAUGCAAAAAUUAAGACAGAAGCAAAUGAAGAGGGAUCUGGAGAUUUGGAUAAUCUAGAUGCUAUUCUUGGUGAUCUGACUAGUUCUGACUUCUACAAUAAUACCAUCUCCACAAAUGGUAGUAAUCUGGGGACCAAGCAACAGAUGUUUCAAGGAACUAAUUCUCUGGGUUUGAGGAGUCCACAGUCUGUGCAGUCCAUUCGUCCUGCGUACAGCCGAGCAGUGUCUCUAGAUAGCCCCGUUUCCGUUGGCUCAAGUCCUCCAGUAAAGAAUAUCAGUGCUUUCCCCAUGUUACCAAAGCAGCCUAUGUUGGCUGGGAAUCCAAGAAUGAUGGAUAGUCAGGAAAAUUACGGCUCAAAUAUGGGUGGACCAAAUAGAAAUGUGGCUGCGAAUCAGACUCCUCCCUCCGGAGACUGGGGCUUACCAAACGCAAAGGCCAGCAGAAUGGAACCUUUGAGUUCAAACUCCAUGGGAAGACCAGGGGCAGAUUAUAAUGCUUCUUUACCCAGACCUACAAUGGGAGGCUCGAUGCCCACCUUGUCUCUUCGGUCCAAUAGCAUCCCAAGUGCGAGACCAAUGUUACAGCAGCAGCAGCAGCAGCAGCAACAGCAGCAGCAGCAGCAGAUGCUUCAAAUGCGGCCCGGUGAAAUGCCCAUGGGAAUGGGGGUCAGUCCUUAUGGCCAGGCAGCACCGUCUAACCAACCAGGUUCCUGGCCAGAUGGCAUGUUGUCCAUGGAGCAAGGUCCUCAUGGGACUCAAAAUAGGCCACUUCUUCGGAAUUCCCUGGACGAUCUCCUUGGGCCACCUUCUAACUUAGAAGGACAGAAUGAUGAAAGAGCAUUGUUGGACCAGCUGCACACUCUCUUGAGCAACACAGAUGCCACAGGCUUAGAAGAAAUUGACAGAGCUCUGGGCAUCCCUGAACUUGUAAAUCAAGGACAAGCUUUGGAGCCCAAACAGGAUGUUUUCCAAGGCCAAGAAGCAGCAGUAAUGAUGGAUCAGAAGGCAGCGUUGUACGGGCAGACGUACCCAGCACAGGGGCCUCCGAUGCAAGGCGGCUUUAAUCUUCAGGGACAGUCACCAUCUUUUAACUCGAUGAUGAGUCAGAUGAACCAGCAAGGCAAUUUUCCUCUCCAGGGAAUGCACCCGAGGGCCAACAUCAUGAGACCUCGGACAAACACCCCCAAGCAACUUAGAAUGCAGCUUCAGCAGAGGCUGCAGGGCCAGCAGUUUUUGAAUCAGAGCCGGCAGGCACUUGAAAUGAAAAUGGAAAACCCCACUGCUGGUGGAGCUGCAGUGAUGAGGCCCAUGAUGCCGCCCCAGGUAAACUCCCAGCAGGGUUUUCUUAAUGCCCAGAUGGUUGCCCAGCGCAGCCGAGAGCUGCUCAGUCAUCACUUCCGACAGCAGAGAGUGGCGAUGAUGAUGCAGCAGCAGCAGCAGCAGCAGCAGCAGCAGCAGCAGCAGCAGCAGCAGCAAACCCAGGCCUUCAGCCCACCCCCUAACGUGACCGCGUCUCCCAGCAUGGAUGGGGUUUUGGCAGGGCCUGCAAUGCCACCAGCUCCACCGCAGCAGUUUCCAUAUCCACCAAAUUAUGGGAUGGGACAACAGCCAGAUUCAGCCUUUGGUCGAGUGUCUAGUCCUCCCAAUGCAAUGAUGUCCUCAAGAAUGGGUCCCUCCCAGAGUCCCAUGAUGCAGCACCCUCAGACCGCACCUAUGUAUCCGUCCUCGGAAAUGAAGGGCUGGCCGUCAGGAAACCUGGCCAGGAACAGCUCCUUUUCCCAGCAGCAGUUUGCCCACCAGGGCGCGCCGGCCGCCUACAGCAUGGUGCACAUGAACGGCAGCAGCGGGCCCAUGACCCAGGUGAACGUGAACUCCAUGAGCAUGUCUGGCAUGCCCAUGGGCCCUGACCAGAAAUACUGCUGACCUCUACACCAGGACCUCCAAGGAAAUCACUGUACAAAUGACACCGCACGAGGAUUAGCCGGAGUAAAGAAUCAUUGUUCUAGGCACCCAGCUGUGAAGAAAGGACCACCUUUGAUCUCCAUCCAGGGUAUUCCAAGUGAUGUCAUUUGAGUAGGACUGGAUUUUAAGCUGAAGCGCGGUAUCUACCUGUUUGUUUUUUUCCAUUCUCUUGUAUAUCAUGGUGUUCAAAACAGAGAAAUAAUUUUGGCAUUCUGCCUCUUGAGGUGAUUCUGGAGGUGACAGAGUGUUACUGAUGACAAAACUCUCCUGUGUCCCUUCUUUCUGCUUGGCUAUUCAGUCUUUCAAUGAAAUGUGGGUGGGCCAGAGAACAUUUGGAGAAAUCAAGCGAGAUUGGAACGUCUGGGUUUCUCUAGUUGCAGUAUUGGAGGAAGAGCAUAGCCUGAGCUUUCAGUUGUUUUUGUUACUACAGGGAGUUCUGUCCUGUGGGGUUGGUGUUUCUGAGUUUUUCCCUGUAAUGAGUGUUGAGUUGCUCCCACCCCAUUCUUAGUUGUCUUAGGCUUUAGCUAGGAUUUUUGUUGGCCCCUGACGUUCUGUCAUAUUUCGCCUCUAGGAAUUGUCCUUGAUGUCAAAUGGCCUUGCAGAAGGGAAAAUGAGCUGACAGUAUUUAAUUGCAGCAGUAGCAAUUUUUCACAUGCUAACGUGCAGCCGAGUGCACUUUAUUUAAAAAGUAAUGGAUAAAUGCAAUAUUCUUGAGGUCUUGAGGAAUAGUGAACCACAUUCCUGGUUUUUGUCUAAUCUCUUGGACAAGAACUAUGAUUUUUUUGUUGUUGUCGAAAGUACUGGUGUCACCCUUUGCCUAUAUGGUAGAGCAAUAAUGCUUUUUGAGAAUAAACUGCAGAAAACCCAAGGCCAGGUACUGCAUUCUGAAUCAGAAUUUCGCAGUGUUUCUGUGAAUAGAUUUUCUUUUGUAAAUAUGACCUUUAAGAUAUUAUAUUAUGUAAAAUAUGUAUAUACCUUUUUUGUAGGUCACAACAACUCAUUUUUACAGAGUUUGUGAAGCUAAAUAUUUAACAUUGUUGAUUUCAGUAAGCUCAGCGUGGUGAGGUUACAAACAGAAGAGACAUCCCCUAAAUUUUGUGGCCUGGGGGGAGGGGACAGCAGUCCAAAGCUUUUCCUUCUGGCCAGCCUUAGAUGCCUCGCUCUUUUCAAUCUCUUAAUCUAAAAGCUAUUUAAAGAGAUCAUUUGUUUAGAUGUAGGCAUUUAAAUUUUUUUUUAUUUUAAAUUCUUCUACCAGAACUAAGCACUUUGUUAAUUUUGAGGGAAAGAAUAGACAUGGGGAAAUAAAAAAAAAGGUAUCAAGAAUUUUAAAAGAUCAAGCAAUUUGAUUUAAAAAAGAAUCUUGGAUUUUAAGUGGUCUAUAAAUUAAACAAUAGGAAAAGAAUUUUUUUUUUUUUUUUUUUUUAAUUGAAUACGUUGUCUUUUCGUCCAUUUGAGGAUCGCUCUAAGGUUUUGGUUGCUAGGACCUGAAUCCCACACUGAGCUCUCAGGAGUAGAAUCCUUGAUGUGUGGUUUCUGGUGUCUGCUCAGCUGUCUUGUCAUUCCAUUAAUGUGAUGUUUUCACCGCCCCUGAGGAUAGGAAUAGUGUUAUAGUUAUUUCUUAAGGACUCAGAACAGUCAGUUUUGCGUGAUUCAGAGCUGCAGUCUGUGAGCACCUUUGCACUCCCUCCCCCUGCCCUUUCCUGCUGUUGCCACUCCCUGACACUUGUCCUGGUCAGUUGGGAAUAGGGGGGGAACAUCAAGUUUAAUUCCCUGUAUCUGGUUUACUUUAUUAGGUUCAAACAACUGAGUGAAAUCGGGGUUUUGGAAUAUCUAUGAAUUUCAUGUCUCUGCUGGCCUUGGUGUCAUCUCCUAGCAAUAACUGAGAGCCAGUUAAUUUUUUAUUUAACAUACAUUUAGCUAAUCUUUCUAGGUGUCUCUGAAGGUAAGAUCAUUUAAUUUCUUUGACUUGCUUAUGAGUAAAUGAAACCUAUAUUUCCAGAACCACCACUAGAGUGGAUUUAAGUCUGACAUCCCCUCCCCUCCUGCCCGGUUAAAAAUAAAUCUAAGAUUGUAAAUCCAUCAGCUUCCAUCAUAGUGGCCUGUAUUUUUCAGAUAACAUAUCCACCUGUCUGGAGACAGAGGCACAGCUGAGUACAAGUCGCUCUUUUUAGACACAGUUGUGUCAGGUGUAUCUGAACUUUUCUUGUGUGCGUGGGGAGAGACAGAAUGGUGCUCUUACCUUUCUUGACUUUUAAAAAUUAAUUAAAAACAAAACAAAAAAAUAAAGUUUUGUGAUUCUUUUCCUUAGUCCUGACUCCAGGCUCACUGGGAGGCAGCACCUCCUUUUUAUAUGGAGAAAAAAAAAGUUUAUUAUAAGUUUUUAUAUUUUCUACUUGUUCAUUUUAUUGGUGCAGAUUUUGAUUUUCUUUUAAUGGAUGCAGUCUUUGAGAUAAUUUGUUGUUUUUAACCUUUAUUGCCCUUGUAUCAUGUUUGGAUGAUUCUCUUUGUACUCCUGCUGCCUACCUCUCCUCCUCCCCCAUCCCAGCCCCCUUUUUAAACCUUGGUAUCUGUUGGGUGAACAGUGUAAGUAACCUUUUCAUCUGCUUUUAGAAUAUGAGGUAUUUCCAGUGCACCUACUUUUUUGCUGAAUCCAAAGAUAUAUAAAUAUAUAUUUUUUAAAGAUCAAAAUGAUAUAAAGGAGAUACGUGUUUCUUCCUUUAAAAACAAAUGGAAACUCGUUGUUGAUGAUCCUGUUAUGAUGCCACUCCUCUAAGUUGUGCAUCUUGAUGGGAGGGGGUAAAUGUCAAGCGUCAGGACGGCGUAAUCAGUGUUUAACAUCUGAGGUGAGUCGGGGUGGAUGGGGGCGGGGACGGGAGAACAUGACUGGCUUGCUGUCCUAGAAAUUCUUGGAGCCAGAGAUAGAUGCAGCUGGAAAGGAACAGAGUGGAGUGCCGGUUACCCACAUGCCCGUCCAGUUCCCUUUUUAUUUGCAGAAGCCAUGAGUUUUAUUGACAAGUGGGAAAUUCGUGGGAGCAAAACCUCUAGGGUAGAUGAAAUUUCCUCCUGCUGUAGAGGAGCCAGAGCUGUUGUCUACCCAGGGCGAGCUGCUGACUAAUAAGCAGGGUGUUCUUUCUUUCUUUCUCUUUCUCUCUUUCCAAUGUAUGAAAUUUUGAAGAAGAUGGAAAUGUCAUUCUGAGAGCAAUAUUUAAAUUCUCAGGAAUUGACUUACAGUAUUGAGGAUGAAUUCAAUUUCAAUCAAGUUUACAUUCAAUGUUGCUUUUAAAAAUCUAAAUCAUUCUUUACACUGCAAAGAAUCCAAACCACGUGGGGUAACUUAUGAGAUGGUUGUGUGAUAAGCUAUGACUGUUUUGCUGAUCAUUUUGGGUGUCAUUGUAAAUAAAGGUUUCUAUUUAAAAUUGAAGCCUAAGAGCUUGCUUUAUUUCUCAAAAAAAUCCCUAUUGGAUUAAGGAUGAAAAAAAUAAAAAGGUUAAAGAAUCUUAUUUCAAACAAUGGUAACAUUUUGUGAGGUGAAAAAUUUUUUUUUCUUUCUAAAUGCCUUUUACUGUCUGCAGCAAUAGAAAACAGUAAAACUGGAGGUUAUAUUCUGCAAACACGUUCCAAAAAGAAACCUUACAAAGCAUGGAACUGUUCUUGUAAAAGGUGAGUACUUGGGAAUCAUCUGUUAAAUGAGAAAUGGGUUGGACGAGUAGAUGGCUGCGGUUCCUCCUUCCUCUCCCAUUCUAGCAUUGUGACAGCUCCCUUUACCAGUUCCCUACUACCUGGGACACAAAGGUCAGCUAAGGUGAACUGCUUUGCAGUUGAUUAGUACUUUUCAAAAGUGAGGUCCUAAAGCUGGUGCAAUAUGAGACUUACCCGUGAGGUCCCUGAAAUAGGAUAAAUUUGAUU